AUGGCAAAAGGUUUUGUAGGCCAAAGAUAAGCAAAAACAUCCCAAAAAACUUCCGAAAAGCUAGGUAUAACCUAAACUUACAUAGCACUAAGAUUGGCUAAGAGUUCUCUCUAUUUCAUCAGAUAGUAAUUUUAUGUUAUCUGGAUGUAUAAGUUCUUAAGUAUAUGGUUGGGAUUUGAAUAAAAUUUCAAGACACAUACAAAUAAAUUAAAUUCGUUUCAAUUUAAUUAAAAUGAUACAUAAGUAAUAACUGCAGGAAGAGACAAUUCUAUAAGAAUAUGGGACUUACGUUAUAUCAAAUAAAGUAAUUAUUUUGAUGAAAGUUAAUGUGUUUAAGUUUUUUAACAACAUAAAUGUUAAGGAUAUAAUAUUCCAGCUUUUUAUAUUAAUGGAGAAAAAGGGAUUAUUACUGGUUCUGAAAACGGGAAAAUAAUUAUUUAUGACAUUUCUAAAGGAAAAGUAGAUUAUGAGUAUUAAACUAAAUCUAAAAUUUGUCAUUUGGUUCAUCCUAUUUCACUCUAUAGUAACUAUUAAUUUGCUUAUUCAGAUUAAUUAAUUUGUAGAAACAUUUUAUUAAAAUGA